AGCGAUUCCCAAGACCACGACAGGUCGUUACCGUCCAGAACCACCGCCGAUAUCCUCAGUGACGUCUACCGGGGCAUCCGGAAGGCCAUCCCGUCGCGCGAAGACUCGGUCAAGCUCAGCAGGGCACCGUCUCGACUUGCUUUGAAAGCCUUCUCUUCGGGUUCCAACAGUCCGAGCCUGGUUCCGGGUUCGGGUUCGGGUUCGGGUUCGGGUCCCGGGACGCCAGUCCAUCGCACAUACACACCCGAGCCUUCGCAGCAUGCUCGGAACACAAGCCUGCAGAGCAGUCUCGAGAAACCGCUUCCAGAACCGCCACCGGAACCUUCGCCGGCGAGCCCGUUGACACCGCUCGCGUCGGCUCACAUAGCGCAAGCUCAAGUCCAGAGCCUGAGCACGAUAGCCGAUACUGAAUACGAAGCCGACAUGGACAGUCGAACGAGCACCAUGGAUUCCACCACAUCCAUGCCGCCACCCAGCAGCCAGAUGUAUCAGGGUCUUGAUUUGAGCAGUAGUCAGAACAGCCUGGCGAGUUCUUCGCGGGCAGACGAAAGAGGAGAGAGCCAGGGUCAGAACAGUCAGAAGGACACCUCGACCCCGCGAAGCAACGGACCGCUUUCCGCUGGGCCAUCUCCACCGGCGGCCUCGACAACGACAAAUCGAACGCCUCAGAUGGGCCAGGCCGUCGGUACGCCUUCCACAUCGGGCUCUUCCACACAUCUCUCGGGCCUGAUGUGUAAUGUUCAUCGAACCACGGGUCGCGAACCUCAUCCGUUGGUGGGCGCUACCACAACGAUAGUGGGCGAUAAGUUAUACGUUUUUGGUGGUAGAAUAUUGUCACGCAGUCGACCUGCUCCUCUGACAUCAGAUUUGUAUGAGUUGGAUUUGAUACGAAGACAUUGGACAAAAUUAGAGACUUCCGGCGACAUUCCCCCGCCUCGAUACUUUCACUCGAUGUGUGCUCUGGGUGAUACCAAGAUGGUGUGCUAUGGAGGCAUGUCACCGUCCGCCACCCAGCCGCCCUCGGGGAAUCCGGACGGUCCAGAAAUCGCUGUCAUGUCGGACAUUCACAUCUACGACGUUACAACUAGGAAAUGGACGUAUAUUCCUACGCACGACGCACCACAAGGCAGAUACGCGCAUUGCGCGUGCAUAUUGCCGUCAUCGGCGACCUUCUCCUCCCACAAGGCCCCUCUGGCUGCGCUCCAACAUAAUCCCUCCAGCGGAAACCCUAACGAGGGCCGAAUCGGCAUUAACAUUGACGGAUCGGGCGGUGCUGAGAUGAUUGUGGUUGGCGGUCAGGACGGAGCAAACCAUUACAUCGAGCAAAUCAGCCUCUUCAACCUGCGGAGCCUCAAGUGGACCUCGACACAAUCGCUUGGUAAGUCCUGUGGCGCGUACCGUAGCGUUGUCGCACCACUUCCGCCGGCCGUCGCUGCCAAGAUUGGCAAGUCAACCCUCAACGCUCAACGACAAGAGUCGAGCAUCAGCCAGGAAGCACGAGACCCGGGUUCUUCCAUGUUGAUCUACUCCAACUAUAACUUUUUGGAUGUCAAAUUGGAACUUCAGAUUCGCGGUACGGAUGGCUCUUUGGCCGAGAAGCCUAUGUUGGGGCCAUACUCACCACCCGGUUUGCGCUUCCCUAAUGGGGGAGUCAUCGAUUCGUACUUUGUCGUGAGCGGAACGUACCUCACGAGCUCGAAGCAAGAGUACGCUCUGUGGGCACUGGAUCUGAAGACCUUGACGUGGUCACGUAUAGACGCCGGUGGAAGCGUGUUCAGCCAAGGGAGUUGGAACAGGGGAAUUCUUUGGAGUCGGAGAAACACAUUCGUCAUCUUGGGUAACCGUAAGAGGAGCCUUGUUGAUGAUUACAACCAUCGUCGGAUCAACUUCUCAAACGUCUGCAUGGUGGAACUCGAGGCAUUUGGAUUCUAUGACAACCCCCGGAAGAGCACACCCAUGUCCGGAUUCGUAUCGGCAAGUGGCCCGUACGUUAUGCCGGGUCUUAGUCUAGCAAGGAAAGCAGGCUGGACGGCAGGUGGUCGAUUUCACUCCCGAGCGGCGGAAGAACUCGGCGAGAAGGCUUUGGGUCUGCGUGAGUUGUCCGACAUGGACAUUCUGUGUAUUGGCGGAGAGCGUAUUCCGAUCAACUCGCGUAUCGUCGGUAGGCGAUGGGGUCCGUACUUUGUGCAAUUGCUUCGUGAAGGGGCGGCAACGCAGGACGGUAGUGACGCGGCAACGUUGAGGACGGCUUUCUCGACGGCCACUACGCUUGGCAACCAGCCGGGGUCUUCUGGGUCGAUGAAGCCUCCUAGUACAGCGGGUACUACGGUGUCCAACGGGCCGUCAGACAUGGCCACCAUCAACUCGGCACCUACUCCGGCUUCCCUACCACCAAACUCACGACCGCGAUGUCUUUACCUCCCACACACCUACCUCACCAUUCAGGCGUUGUUACAUUUUCUCUACACAUCCUCAUUACCGCCGCCAUCUUCGCCACUAUGCACACCACAAAUCCUCUGCUCAUUACUGCAGAUCUCCCGGCCCUACAAGGUCGACGGCCUUCUCGAGGCGGUGGUGGAGAGACUUCAUGCUCUACUCGACUCCCGAAACGCCGCAGCUGUUUUCAAUGCUACUGCCAUGGCGGCUGGUGGCGGGCGAGGUAUCGACGGCACUCUGAACCCCAACUUCUUCCUCCAGGGUGAGGCCUCUCUAUCACCAAGCUCGGUAAAUGGGCGAUCCUUCUCCAUUUCACAGUCAAGCAUCGACGGAGCGUCUAGCUCCCACAGCGGCCUGAGAAUCAACACCAGCGUCCCAGGCGCCCGACCAGGCAGCGACGAACUCAGCGCCACGGCCAGCGUCAGCGGCAGCGAAUGGAGCAGCGAGCUGGGAGAUAGCGAACGCGGCGCUGUGCGGGAGGUCUGGAGCGCCGAGUUGAGCAGUGUUAUUGGUUUGCAGAAACGUGGGCUUAGGGGGCUCAUGGAGGGCCGGAGAAUGCGCGCUACCGUCGACCGGAAUCGAGAUAACGACGGGUCGUCCCGAGGCGAACGCGGCUUGGAGAGGCAGAUGGCUGCUGAUAGGUAUAGUGGCAGGGUUGGACUGGGCAUUGCGGGU